AUGCUUGUCCGCGAGCCCCCUCCCCUCAGCACACCCACACCUGUGAGAGAGGCAUGCGGAUCUAGCGGGGAGGGGGUGAAGGGCCCCUGUCGCCGCAGACGCAUAGCGGCGUCCCGGCUGCUGCGGCGCGUGCGGGUAGGCCCUCCAGACACGCCAUCACCCCCGGUGGUGUCGACGGAAAUGGAGGAUGAUGAGGGCCAUCCCCCGACAACGACGUCACCGGGAAGCAUGCCCUGGGACGCCGAGAUGCGGGCGCUGUCCUGCCCAGCAGGCAUGGUGUAUUGCACCGAAACCAAGCCUGCGGCGUCUUCUGAAUCCGUCCGGGUGGACCGGUGCGGCGUAGACGCCGGAGGCAUGACGAGGACACUCCGAACCGCACCGCCGGAUGCUCCAGCCCCGAAUGCGAAGAGUCCCCCGCACCAUGUUGUGGGAUGCCGCGGCUUGAAGCGACCCGGGGAGACGAAUUGCAAACGGCCACGGCAUGCGGCACGGCCAGGUUCGUGUGGCGCCGAUCGCGCAGCGCGUGUCUCAACAAGGGGCGGAGAAGGACGCGGAGAACCGGGUGGACGCAUGGUCCGCACCGAGGGCAGACGCCGUGUCCUAGACGACGGGACUUUCGCCGCCGCACAACGGAAGCAGACGAGCCGUUGCUGUGUAUGCGUAUAUCUGCCAACCGGUUCGCGGCACAGAGACGUCUGGAAGGCACGACGUGUGUGCUCCGCGUCGUGCGUGCGGGGAGCACACGGGGAGGAGGGCGUAUGA